CAUGAAGAAGGUUUUUCAAGCAAAGAGGAAAAGAUUACGAAUGAGUACUGCUGCUUCUGUAAAUGCUGUCAAUCAGAAAAUUGAAAAUAUUUGGAAAAACCAGGAAAAGCAAAGACAAAAGCUUUGCCAACAAUUCUCUCAGGAUUUUCUAGCUUUGUUUCAGGAGUGGACCAUCAAUGCACAGAAAACCAAAGAAGAAGAAGAAAAACUAGCUAAUUUGAUUGUGAAGCAACAAAAAAUUUUUCAAGAGAGUAAAGCUAUCCAGAAAAGGAGACUGAAACAGGCACAUGCUUUAUAUGAAGAAUACUUAAAGAAUGUGGAUGACUUAGAUGAUGCUCAGGAAUAUUAUUUUACUGAUCAACAUGGAGCUUUCCAAAAAGAAAUGGAUGCAUUUAAAGAAAAAAUUCUUACAGAAUGUCAAAAACAGGACCUGGCAGUGGUUCAGGCUUCUCUUCAAUCUAUCCUCUUUUGAUGUCUGUGAAGAAAGUACUUGAGUUCAAGUUAUCUGUUAUAAGCAGAACACUAGCCAGGCUAAAUCACAUUCCUCUUGUUAAACUUCUUAGUGGAAAUCAGUACAUCUUGUUUAUCAUAGCUUCUUGUUGAGUAGAGUACAAGACUCCUUUUCUGUUACAGUGAAUCCCAAAUAGUUGUGUGAUGGGGGAAUGUUAUGUGCAUUGAAUUUUCAACCCUUUGUUAGCAAUGAACACCUUUGCCCCAAAAUACUGUCAGUUAACUUAUAACAAUAAUUGUUUGAAUUCUAGGUUUUCCUUUCAGCAACUCUGUAUCAGUUCCAAAGACAAAUAUGAACUUCUUCAUUGUUCUUAUUUUAGAGAAAAUAAAGAAUACAAAAUAUAUUGUGACUGUGAAUUCUUCUGUAUUUUCUUAUCAGGUUACAGUGUCAAUUCCAAUUAAAACAACUUUCAAAAGAAAACAUA